AUAAAUCUAUUAUCCUCUUUCACCCUUGUCACACUGAUUAUCCUAACUUUACCUAUCAUUAUAAACGUUACAAACAUAUACAAAAACUACCCCUAUGCACCAUACGUAAAAUCUUCUAUUGCAUGUGCCUUCAUCACUAGCCUCAUCCCAACUAUAUUAUUUAUCUCCUCAGGACAAGAAACAAUCAUUUCCAACUGACAUUGAAUAACAAUCCAAACCCUAAAACUAUCUAUUAGCUUUAAAUUAGAUUACUUCUCUAUACUAUUUAUACCAGUAGCACUAUUUGUCACCUGAUCCAUUAUAGAAUUUUCAAUAUGAUAUAUACACUCAGACCCUAAUAUAAACCAAUUCUUCAAAUACCUUUUAAUAUUCCUUAUCACUAUACUAAUUCUAGUAACAGCCAACAACCUAUUCCAACUUUUUAUCGGAUGGGAAGGAGUAGGCAUCAUAUCAUUUCUAUUAAUCGGGUGGUGGUAUGGACGAACAGAUGCAAAUACAGCAGCACUCCAAGCAAUCCUAUACAACCGUAUUGGAGAUAUCGGAUUCAUUCUAGCCAUAGCAUGAUUUUUAAUAUACUCUAACACAUGAGAAUUUCAACAAAUAUUUAUACUAAAUUAUCACCCAGAUAUAAUUCCACUAAUUGGCCUCCUCCUGGCAGCCACCGGAAAAUCAGCCCAAUUUGGGCUACACCCCUGACUACCCUCAGCAAUAGAAGGCCCAACUCCAGUCUCAGCCCUACUUCAUUCUAGCACAAUAGUAGUUGCAGGAAUCUUUCUCCUAAUCCGAUUCUAUCCUCUAAUAGAAAAUAAUAAAACUAUUCAAACUCUAAUACUAUGUUUAGGCGCUAUUACCACACUAUUCACAGCAAUCUGUGCUCUCACACAAAAUGAUAUCAAAAAAAUCGUAGCCUUCUCUACAUCAAGCCAACUAGGACUUAUAAUAGUUACUAUAGGUAUUAACCAACCUCACUUAGCCUUCCUACAUAUCUGUAACCACGCCUUCUUCAAAGCUAUACUAUUUAUAUGCUCCGGAUCAAUCAUUCACAACCUAAAUGACGAACAAGAUAUUCGAAAAAUAGGAGGACUAUUUAAAUCCAUACCCUUCACAUCAUCCUCCCUCAUAAUUGGAAGUCUAGCCCUCACAGGCAUACCCUUCCUAACAGGCUUCUACUCUAAAGACCUCAUUAUCGAAUCCGUAAAUACAUCCAACACCAACGCCUGAGCCCUUACAAUCACACUCAUCGCAACCUCUAUAACAGCUAUUUACAGUAUCCGAAUCAUCUUUUACGCACUACUAGGCCAACCUCGAUUCACAACCUCAACUCCCAUCAAUGAAAAUAAUCCUUUAUUAAUUAAUUCAAUCAAACGCCUGGCAUUAGGCAGCAUCUUAGCUGGAUUUUUCUUAACAAAUAACAUCUUACCCAUAAAUGUCCCUCAAAUAACAAUACCACUUUACCUAAAACUAACAGCUCUAAUAGUAACCAUUACAGGAUUUGCCCUAGCAAUAGAACUAAAUCUUAUAACAAACAACUUAAAAUUUAAAUUACCUUCAGACAUCUACAAAUUCUCAAACUCUUUAGGCUUUUACCCAAUAACCAUACACCGCCUAAUCCCCUCACAUAACUUGAUCAUAAGCCAAAAUACAGCAUCUCUCCUUCUAGACCUAAUCUGGAUAGAAAAAACUAUACCAAAAAACCUAUCUCAACUUCAAAUAACAUCCUCUACUGCCAUUUCUAAUCAAAUAGGAUUAGUUAAAUUCUACUUCCUCUCAUUUCUUAUAUCCCUUCUCUUCACCUUACUACUAAUCAUUUAA